AUGACUACAGAUGUUGCAGAUGCCAAUAGCCUUCAAUCAUGGCAGGAGGCGUUUCAACACCCAAUCCCCACCGUUCGGCGGUUCGAACAAGACCUCCGUCGCGACGUUGCCAGCAACAAGGACAAGUUGCGUUCUCUUGUCGGCGUGAGAUAUCGAGAACUUCUAGGCACCGCGCAGACUAUUGUCGAAAUGAACGACGAGAUACAGGAGGUCGAGACGAAGCUAUCCAACAUUAGUAGGAGAUGCAAUCCCCGGCUGGUCGAGAAGAAGUUGGAUGUCGCUGUCAUGGAUGAAGGUGUAGAUGAGAGAGCAAUUGCCGCGCAAUUGGCCCUGCUGCAUAGAUGCACAUCCGCCAGUUAUAGAUUGUUCCGGAAACAUAGUUCGAACCUCUUGAUCGCAAAGCUCCUGGUGAUAUCGCGACUUCUUCACAAGACCCUUUCUCAAAACAGUCGUGCUCCCAUCUUCCUUGAAAACCUCCGAAGUCAGUUGGCGGCUCUCCGUCGCAGCCUACUCAAACGCAUCGAAUGCAGGCUAGCCUCUCCCAAGUAUUCAACCCCAGAAAUAAUCGAGACAAUGUCAGCUUAUUGCCUAGCGACCAGUUCCUCUUCUACUGAUGUACUACGUCAUUUUCAGCAAGUCCGUUUCGAUGCGCUACAGUCCAUGCUCUUGCGAGAAGACCCAAACUUCACAAAUAUUGAAAAGAGCUUGAAGCUUUUUAUUCAGACCUUACAAAACGCGUCAGAGCUAGUCUCCGGCAGUCUAUCGGAUGCGCUUAGAAAACUAACCGCUCUCCCAAUCCUCGAUGACCUUGAGGUACGAAAUUUAGAUGGGCUGGCCAUUGACAUCUUUCAUCAAUGGGUCGCCAACGACAUUAGGAAUUUUACGCCAUGGGUGAAACAUACUCCUUUAUCCGAAUUGGAGGCUGAAAAAACAAUAAAGGACUGGUCGAAACAGGCGUUUGGAACGUUCGCUAGCGGGUUGAGCAAGAAUUUAGAGCGAUCUCAGAAUUUGAAAGAGGUCUUACUGCUUCGCAGAAACCUAUUGGACAUUUGGUUACCAGUCCAAAGCUCCACGGCAUGCCAUUCGUCGGUGGAGAUACUUCAGGGCAUCCGUGGCACCGUGAACAAACAACUUAUUUCCACUCUUCACGCGCAAGCUAAGGGAUUGACUUUGGUUGGGCUUGAGAUCUCAUCCACAAUUACUAGCUGGAGUGAGAUUGAAGAACAAAUCCCCACUCCAUCACUCUGGGAUCCGGAUAUUGUGUUCCUGGAUUUUUCAGGAGGAGCCACUAACUUCAAACACGAGAUCAUUAACAGGUCUCGAGGCAGAGAUAUUAAUGUACUGAGGAUAUCGAGAUCCUAUACUACUUGGCUGUUUGGUGUUGAAGAAUGCAAAGACAUGAUCGACGAGCUCAAAAAGAUCAGAUGGGAGGAUAUCAUUGAAGAUGAAGAAGAUGAAGAGGUUCUGCAAAAAACCAUUCGGAUUUUGAACAAGGAUGACCCCGACCUUCUCCAGAAGGAAUACGAAGCUACCUUGAUUAACAGUUUCGAAGCGCUACAAACAUCGCUACACAGCGCCCUGGAGAACAUGACCGGGUCGCACUGUGGGAGACAAGCAGCUUUUAUACUACGAGUUAUUCGAGAAAUUCGAGAGCGUAUCCCCAGGUCACUUUCUGCUCAAGAUCACCUAUUUGCUGAUGACCUUGUUCCAAAAUUACACGACAUACUAGCUGCUGAAGUGGGCUCUCAAGUUUCGCCAUAUGCUAUCAUCCGAGCUCUUGGGAAGCCUCAGGGAGCAGGAUGUGCUGGUCGCGCGCUCUGGGAAGGUAACCCUCCGCUACCCAUUCAGCCAUCCCCAGUGGCUUUUAGGUUGUUACGGAGACUGGCCACGGCGAUGGAGCGACAAGGCCCCGACCUUUGGAACCCUUCAGCUGUGGAUAUGUUGAAAAAUAAACUCCGUCAAACGAUAUCGUCAUGCAUUUCCCUUGAUUUUGAAAAGAGCACCCAUAACGCUCGUUCAGAUGCCGGACGCCUUAUACAAAAUGAGCAGCAGCCUACUAGCGAAACUCCCAACGGCGACGAUUCCACAGAAGCUACUGUGACAGAAUCCACCCACAAGGCAACAACACAGGCAGAUGUUUGUUGUCCCGAGGUCUUACGAGACCGCAAAAUUCAGCUUGUAUUUGAUGUGUUUUAUCUAGGGAAAGCGCUAUCUAUGCGGAAUACCGGUCGGCCCCAAGCAGAAGAUGAAAUUUCCUCUAUUGUCGAGCUGGUGAAAAAGGAUAUUGAGCUGGAUGGUGAUACAGAGUUAGCUAUUCUCGAGAGCAGAGCACAUGAGUACUGGAAGCAAACUCAGCUCUUAUUUGGACUGUUGAUAUAA